CAAAAUUUAACUACAAUGAGGCAAGAUUACGGGCAGCUCAGUCACGCUACCGACAUGGCGGCGCAGAUGGCGGUAAAUUCAGGAGCCAGUCUGUGGGGUCCACUGAAAGAGCUGUUCGAAGCUGUGGAAGGGGCCGUAUGGAGACGUCAACCAGAGAGUGUUCAUCUUUUAGAUCUGCAGUUAAAGAAACACAAGCCCUUCUUCCUGUCCCUCUUCAAAAACCCACCAAAGAGUGCAGAACAGAGAGACAAAUUGCGGAAGGCAAGUACAGAAGGCAUUGCUAUUCAGGGCCAGCAAGGAGCACGACUGCUUCCAGAUCAGCUCAUCUCAGAGUCCUUCAUCCUUAGUGACCUCUUUAACCUGGGAGAACUAGCUGCCCUAGAACUGCUCCUGGCAGGAGAGCAUCAGCAGCCUCACUUCCCUGGACUGACUCGAGGUCUGGUCGCCGUGCUCCUUUACUGGGAUGGCAAGCGCUGUGUGGCUAACUCCCUUCGUACACUCAUUCAGUCUAGACAUGGGAAGACCUUCACUCUUGACUUAAGUCCUGAAUUGGUGCAUCUGACCACACGAUUCACAGAUGAACUGAUGGCUCAGGGUUUGACCAAACAAAUCCUAAACCUGGUCUCAGAGAUCAACGUGACCCGUGAGUUUGAGAGGCUUCAGAAGGAACGCGGCCUCGGCAGCGAGAAACACAGGAAAGAGGUAUCUGACAUCAUCAAAGAGUGCCGACAGUCAUUGGCAGAGUGUUUGUUUGCUUGGACGUGCCAAUCACCCCUAAGCAAAGAUGACACCCUCGCUGUCAUUGGUUAUUUGGAGACGGUCACCGCAGAAGCUGACGGUUCAUUGGAUAGCGUCAACCUUGCUGUAGUCAUGGGGUUGCUUUAUUGCUUCGAUGUUAGUUUUUUGGACCAAGGAAUGGAGGAUAGAGAAGAUUUUCUUCAGGCUUUGCCGUUACUCACAGAGAAACAGUAUGUGGCGGCUGUGCACAGUCGGCUUGUGAACGGUCAGGGCUGGAAACUACCGGGACUGAAAGCUGUGGUGCAGCUGGCCUGGGCUCUGUCUCUGAGGGCCCUGUCACAACUUCCACAGGGUGCAGCUCUGGUGGAGUUCACAGAGACAGAUGAAGCUCUGGUUGACCAGGCCAUGUUGGGGGGCGUGUUCCUCUUCCUGACAGAGGGCAUGCUGGGAAGCGACGGCUUCAGCCAGGAGGAAUUCUACACUCGCCGAUUUCAUUCCAUCAUUACUGAUUUCUUGGCUCUCAUGCCCAUGAAGAUAAAGCAGUUGCGUAACCGUGCCGAUGAGGAUGCUCGACUGAUACACAUGGCUCUGCAGAUGGGCAGUGAGCCACCAUCCUCUCUACGCAGGGACCUGGAACACCUAAUGAUCCUUAUUGGAGAGUUUUACAGUAAAGAUUCAUUUGGGUUAGAAUUGGCCCUUGAGUUCUGGUGUCCUUCAGAAUCACUUCAGCACACCUCACUUACCGGAUCUUUUCUUGGAGUAGCUCUGCAGAGACCUCCUCACAAACAGGUGGUUCUGUCCAAAUUUGUGCGUCAGAUGGGCGACCUGCUUCCUGCUACUCUUUACAUCCCUUACCUACGCAUGCUGAAAGGACUCGCCAAUGGUCCUCAGUGCUCUCACUACUGUUUCAGUCUGCUUAAAACCAAUGGAGCUCCUCACGGAGAGAACCGUCAGACAGGCGUGUCUGGAAGUCUUGUGUCGUGGGAGCACUUUUUCCACUCUCUCAUGCUCUACCACGAGAACAUGCGGCGGGACGCGCCCAGCGCCGACAGCACGCAGUACCGCCAUCUGCCCAUCAGAGGCAUCACUCAGAGGGAGCUGGAGGGCCUCACUGCCUUCCUCCAACUGCUCACCACUAUCAUCACAUGGAGUGAAAAUGCACGACUGGCUCUGUGCGAGCAUCCGCAGUGGACGCCUGUGGUGGUGAUGUUGGGUUUACUACAGUGCAGCAUACAGCCCGUGCUAAAAGGUCAGAUCCUGCAUGUUCUUGCAGCUUUUGGCAAAUCCCCUGAGAUCGCAGCCUCCCUCUGGCAGUCUCUGGAGUAUACACAGGUCUUACAGACGGUCAAAGCCCCUGGACAGAGGCAGGCAGCCGGGAUUGAGGUGGAGCUGAAUGAGAUCGAAUCGAGCUCUGAGGAAUAUCCUCUGACCAGAGCUUUUUGUCAUCUGAUCAGUACUCUGGUGGAGAGUGCGCUUCCUGUCAAUCUCGGAGCAGGACUGCGUGCUCCUGGGUUCCAGCCUUAUCUCGACUUCCUGCGCGACUCCGUGUUUCUGGCUUUCCCUACACGGGCCUACAGCCGCCCGGCAGAAAAGUGGGAGGUGGCUGAUGCCGUGUUGGAGGUGUUUCAUAAACUUCUAAAAGAGUAUGAGCCACAGGCUUCAGACUUCCAGCAGGAUAUGGUGGAGCUACAGGGGGAGCACGUGCCGGCCCAUAAGCCCCCUGGACACAGCCUGAUGUUCCACCUGCUGAACGACUCUUCCACCCUCUCUCUCUGUCUCAGUCUCCUAGAGGAGGGUGCUCGCCAGCUGGACACUUAUGCCCCAUUCCCUGGUAAAACCCAUCUGGAGAAAGCAGUGCUGCACUGUCUGUGUUUACUGGAUCUGGCCCUGCAGAAAGAGAUGACGUUUAUGGACAUCCUGAGACAGAGUCAAACAUCACUGCUGGUGUCACCUCUGGAACAGCUGCUGCAGGGGGUCAGCGCUCAGAGUCGACGGGCCGAUCACAUCACCAACAUCGCCAGGUACCUGUACCAUAGCAGCUCGAACCCCGAGGCUGCAUUUCAGAGUGCCAAGAUCCUGCGGCGCAUCGCACGCUACCCGAACAUCCAGACCAGACUCGUCGGAGACUUCACGCAUGACCAGGGCGUGAGUCAGAAGCUGAUGGCUGGAUUUGUGGAGUGUCUGGACAGUGAGGAAGCUCAAGAGGGUCUGACCAUAGAUGAGUCAGACCCUGAGAAACGGGUCGCCAGGAUCCGUCAUGAGACCAAGAUCCACAUCCUGAACCUUUUGAUCACCUCGUUGGAGCUGAAGGGCCACAACCUGGGUCUGUAUCUGCUGGGCUAUGAAGUGAAGAAGCCGGUAUCCUCCACCAACCUGCAGGACCCUGGAGUUCUUGGCUGUCCACGGAGCUGCCUGCAUGCAAUUCUCAGUCUGCUUCAGAGAGGAAGUGAGGGGCGCUCUGGACCUGUGCUGAUCAAAGAAGCUCCUCAUCUGUCUGAACUCUGCUAUCAGGUGAUCUUUCAGCUGUGUGCGUGCCCGGACACUUCUGGGCCCACCAUGAGAUACCUCAGGACAAGUCAGGACUUCCUAUUCUCUCACCUCCAGCAUUUGCCUUUUAUUCUACAAGGGAAUGAGAUCGCUGCGCUGUCUCAGAUGUCGUGGUUGAUGAAGACGGCAGCCAUCGAACUCAGAGUGACAUCACUGAACCGCCAGCGCUCUCACACACAGCGAUUGCUCAACCUCCUCCUCGAUGACCAACCAGACACACUGCAUUCCGCUGAUGGAGAAAUAGGUAUGGAGGAGGAGAGCAGAUCAGUCAGUGGCUUUCUGCACUUUGGCACCGUAUCUAAAGUACGCAGAAGACUGCUGAGUGUUCUGGAUGCCAUAGACUUCAGUCAGGAGGCUCCAGAGCUUUUACAGCUAGACUUCUUUGAGCGUGCUCAGAUCGAGCAGGUCAUCACCAACUGUGAGCACGUCAAUGAGAAGGGCCACACCGUCUGCAAUGUCAAAUUGUUGCAUCGAGUUUUAGUUGCAGAGAUCAAUGCAUUGCAGGGGAUGGCAGCCAUCGGUCAAAGGCCACUGCUAAUGGAGGAGGUGAACUCAAUCCUGCAGCAGGUGGUGGAUAGGAACCGCGUGAGGCACAGUCUGAGCGCCAAGCGUCACGCUCUGCAGAGCUGGAGGAAUCUGGUGGAGACCAUCCUGACAGCCUGCCCUUCAGAACUCAUCCCUGCUGACCAGCGACAGCUGAUCAUCAGAGACCUGCUGUUAGACCUGCACGACAAGGUGUUAUCAGAAGAUGCUGCUGAAGAAUUGAUGCCGAUUGUUGCCGGGGCAGUCUUUACUUUAACAGCACAUCUCAGCCAAUCAGUGCUGUCAGAGCAGCAAGGGGCGGGGCCAGAGAUCGGAUCUGCAUCAGGAUUUGCAUCAAUCGCUAACUCGGCCCUUCACCUCAUCCUGAGGAAGCUGCUAGAUUUUAUCCUGUGCACAGGUGGAGGUUUCCAGCGUUUGCGAGCUCAUCUUUAUGGUGCUCUGCUCUACUACCUGCAAAUCACCCAGAAACCCGAUGAGCCUGAGACACUGCAGACAGGCACAUCCAUGUGGGAGCGCUUGACUGCUCCAGAAGAUUGUUUCUCCAAGCUGCAGAGAGAGAACCUGGCCAUCAUAGAGAGCUACGGCACGGCUCUCAUGGAAGUGGUGUGCAGAGAUGCCUGCGACGGGCACGAGAUCGGCAGGAUGUUGGCUCUGGCCGUGCUGGACAGGGUGUUGUCCAUAGACAAGCAGAACCAGUGGCUGUUGUACCUGUGCAACAGCGGCUACCUCCGAGUGCUGGUCGAGAGCCUGCGGCAAGACGACGUUGCAUUGCAGACCCUGCUCGCGCCGCAGCCCCCGCUCCUCAAACCGUUAUACAUCUACGAGUCCAAAAUGGCCCUGCUCACCCGUGUGGCCAAGACGGCGCAGGGUGCGAUGGAGCUGCUACGAUGCGGGCUGGUCGCUCAGCUGGUGGAAUGUCAGGUGUUCCACAUGCUCCCGCAGAAUGAUGCGCUCAGAGCGUUUGGGCAGAGAGAUCCAUCAGGGUUUAUUCCUAGUCCUCUAGAGCGAUACAGACAGAUCCUGCUACCCACCCUGAGGUUACUGCAGGUCAUCUUAACCUCCACCACCACUCAGCACCAGCAGGGGGCGGCACAGAUCCUCCAGUGGCUCGUCGUUUACUCUGAUGUCAUUCAGUCCAUCUUACACGGUCAAGACAUGAGCUCAGGAGCUCUGCAGGAAAUCUCUCUUAUCACUGCCAUCAUCAGCAAGACGGCACUUCCAGGAGCUCUUGAGACAGGACAAGAAAUCAACAGUGCCGCCAUCAUGGAGAUUCGGGGACAUAUCGCCAGAUUCCAGCGUCAGUCUUUGUCUCUGCUUGUGCGGCUGGCGGGCACGGAUCGCGCGCGCUACCUGAAGCAGUUCGAGGAUACGGUGGCCCCCAGUGAUCUUGCAGAGAAGAGAGAGGAGAUGGAAGUUGCCAUGCAACAGAUCUGUGCAAACAUAAUGGAGUACUGCCAGACGCUGCUCCUGCAGAGCUCACCCGAGGCUCAGUUCACGCUCUGCCUCUUCAGCCCGUCUGCCAGUGAACCAGCAGAUGUGGCCGUGCCCUCCGCACGAGUCCCCAGUCUAGGUUUGGUUCUUCUUCUGCUGAAGAACAGCGCCACUGAUUUCUUCCGAUACCACGACAGCCACAGACAGAGCCUGAGCAAGCUGGAACGAGUGGAACAGCUUCCACCAGAGGAACUGAAGGAGCUGUGUCAGGAUCUGGUGUCAGGUUCUGCUGGAGUGGAGAAGAUCUCAUCGGUGCAGAGAAAUGUUCUUGCCAAACGUCGUCUCGUCCAGUUAGUCAACAACAGAGCCAAGCUUCUUGCUCUCUGCUCUUACAUUAUUGAGACAUGCCUGUUUGUGAUAUGGCGUCACCUAGAGUUCUACUUGCUCUACUGCACCCCAAGUGACCCCAAAACGUCACUUCUUCCAGGAUACAAAGAUGUUGGUGGCGGCAGAGGUUUAAGUGUGUCAAGAGUGAGUCAACAAGACCUUGAGCAGUUGCAGAGCGACAUGGCGGGCAGCUUCAAUGAGUCACUACAGAGGAAGUUGUUGGAGGUCGAGGGGCUGUAUAGUAAAAGCCGGUCUCGUUACACCUUCAUCCAAGCCCUGACACGCAGGAUCCGGGGUCUAGUGCACCACGCCAAAGGCUAAACGCACAUAUUUAUAUGCCAUUAAGAAAUAGUGUGAUAUUUGUGUCUUUCGACUUAAUAUGUACAACCUUUUUUGGAGCAGUUUUCAUUACAAUGUCAUGAAAUACUCUUUCUUUUAGUUUUUUUCUAAUACGGAAAUAAAUGACUUUUGAACAGACAA